GUGUGAUACGAUACGAUUUGACGAUGGAGCUCUCCUCUGUGUUCGCGUCUCCCAUGCUGCUGCUGCAGCUCUGCAUCCGCACCCUGCAUUACUUUCUGGUCAGCUUAUAUUCCAAAGUUUGCGACAGGAGAGCCGGAGUCUGCAGGGCAACAAUCUCACCUCCGCCUACUCACAGCAAACUGGAGGAAAAUAAAGUCCAAGAUUCGACGACUCCAACAAGCGUUAACUAUCAUUUCACACGCAAGUGUAACUACAAAUGCGGAUUUUGCUUCCACACUGCGAAAACAUCUUUUGUCCUGCCUCUGGAUGAAGCCAAGAGGGGCCUCUCACUUUUGAAGGAUGCUGGCAUGGAGAAGAUCAACUUCUCCGGGGGGGAGCCAUUCUUGCAUGAUAAAGGGGAUUUUCUUGGGAAAUUAGUUCAGUUUUGUAGACUGGAACUUCAACUCCCAAGUAUCAGCAUCGUCAGCAACGGAAGCAUGAUUAAAGAAAGAUGGUUCCAGAAAUAUGGUGACUAUCUGGACAUCCUGGCCGUCUCUUGUGACAGUUUCAAUGAGGAAACCAACCAGCUGAUCGGCAGAGCUCAGGGCAAAAAGAGCCACCUGGACAACCUUUAUAAGAUCUGCAGCUGGUGCCAGCAGUACAAGGUGGCGUUCAAGAUCAACUCUGUUAUCAAUACAUUCAACGUGGAUGAAGACAUGACGGAGUCCAUCACCUGGCUUAACCCAGUGCGCUGGAAGGUGUUCCAGUGUUUGUUGAUUGACGGGGAAAAUGCAGGAGAGGAUGCCCUGAGAGAGGCAGAGAGGUUUGUCAUCAGUGAAGAGCAGUUUCAGGAGUUUCUGGAUAGACACAGCAGUGUCUCCUGCCUGGUUCCAGAGUCCAAUGAGAAGAUGAGGAAUUCCUACCUGAUCCUGGAUGAAUAUAUGCGAUUCCUGGACUGUCGAGAGGGAAGGAAGGACCCAUCCAAGUCCAUCCUUGAUGUCGGUGUGAAGGAGGCCAUAUGCUUCAGCGGCUUUGAUGAAAAGAUGUUUCUGAAGAGAGGAGGGAAAUAUGUGUGGAGCAAAGCCGACAUGAAGCUGGAGUGGUGAAGAUCUGCAGCAAUGACAACUUUUUUAUUAGUCGUAGCACUAAGCUUUUGUACAGUAUUAUUAUUAUUUUGUAUUUCUUUACAGAACUUCAUGUUCUUCAUAUGGUUUGUUAAAAAAAACUGUGAAUAUGUGAAAUUCUAUGAAAGAAGCUUGCAC